UCGAAACGAUCACACCUCACAGAGAUGGAAGGUGGCGCCACUUGUGAUAAUUUAAAGAACAAACGGUAACAAAGUCGCACGACUUUCUUCCAUGAAAACGAAAGGGUGAGCGCAUGAUCGCCUCCCCAAUGGUCCGCAUUUGCGGUUGCAGAGAGCGGAAGGAUGGAAAAGAACAUGUUACAUACACUGCACGUAGCACGUGAUACUGUUGUUCUUAGCUCCCCCAAUGGAGCCAUUGGCUGGACGGUUCUCUGGCCAGCACAGAAAAUGUCGUCAACUGCAGCGGGCCGAACUCUCGAGAGUACAGCUCCGAGUUUCGACAGAAUCCUUGAAAGUUCCUUCUUAUGUUUACCCUACCGUUAGCAUUCACUCGUGUUCUGGUUCUUCGGUGUUCUGCAAAACGAUCGUUAGCAUGCGGAAACGGCACAAACAUUCGGGCGAAUGCCCAAGCGCCAUCGCAACAAACAGAAUCGAGUUAUGUGGAAUGUUCGUCAGCAAAGCGAGAGAUAUAUACAGUAGCGGACAUUUGACAUAUUAUUUUUCAUUACAACCCAAGUUGGAAGCUGUGCCGAUGCUUGUAUCCAAUUGGGAGCAAAAAGAUCGAAGGAUUAGCGAGUUCAACCGACCAAAAGCAAAUACUGAACCCCCCACCGACAGUGGUUUACAAACACUGCAUCAUUUCACAGAGCUUCGAUUGGACAUAAGAGCACCGUGUGUGAAUCGUAGAUACGGCAGGCCAAAGGGGCGCACGAUGUUGUUUGUGUUAAUUUGUGUUGUUGUCGCAACGCGCGCGGAACACGGAAUGCUGAAGGAUCGUAUUGGGAGAGGCGCAGGGCAACGAUUGAGUAGAUUCGGCAAAUAGUCCAUCUUUUUGUGAUGAAAGUGAUGCUCCCUGCGAAGGGGGAGUCGUUUCCAUUCGGGAAGGCCAUUUCCAGCGGGAGCGACGUUAUCGGUGAAGGACAUUGGCGAAUGUCGGUAACUCAUGGGAAGCGAAACAGUCGAAGGUGCGCGACGAUCGAUGUUGUCCGUUUACCUACAACGAACCGAUAGCUGGGACGAGGAAUGCCAAUCUGGUGUAUGAAACAGGCCGGACGGAAGGAGAGGAAAUGCAGAGAAAGAAGCAAGUGGACGAAUGUGAAUUGAUCGGAGAUGAUCCGGAGGAAAAUGCACCGAUUUAAGCAUUCUUUGUGCGAUUGUUCCGUUAAAUGCAAAUUAUAGCACCAUACUUUUCGCCAAAGCAUCUUCUGCUGCUAUAUUUUCAACUUACCUGCGCUACAAUGGCGGCGGCAGCAUAUAGUAAAUGAAACACAUACUUUUUUACAUGUUUAAACCAGCCUUAACCAAACGAUAUUCUAACGCGCAUAUCUCUUCAACCAAUAACUGCAACGAUCGAUUAUCGGAACCACAACGACGGCCCAUCAACACACCAACACAAUAAUAAUUCACCGUGUUCCGCUGCUGUUCUGUCGCACAAUACUUCUCUACUCCUGAAAAAAAACGCCUUGUUAUGCGAAAUCGAUCGUGUGGAUCACAGGGUGGAGGAAGUUCGCGGCGAGAUUAUGGCAGUGGCAGUUCCGGCGGGCGCGGUGGAUCGUCCUCGAGUCGCUAUCACGAUUCCGGUUCUUCGUACGACAAGCGCGGAAGCUCCAACGACCAUCACUCGACGUCGUCGGGUGGUGGCGGCGUCGGAAACGACACUGGCUCCAGUCGGAACAAGUUCGAUCACCACCAUCGCAGCAGCAGCAGCAACCGAAGCCACGGUGGAAUGGGAGGCGAUUCGGGUAGUUCUUACAGGUCACGGGACAACACCACUAGCAGCAUGGGGCCCCCCCGAUCGGUGAUCAUGCGCAGCAGCAGCAACAAUGGCAGUCGCUCGAUGAUGCGCCCGCCCAUGAGCGGCAGUCGGCCGCUCGGCGGGGGCGGUUCGCUCAGCGGAAUGCACCGACGCGGUACCACGAUGCGAGGUCGAAUCUCCAACUAUCGGUCCGACGGUCGGCGCGGCAUGCUCAAUACGCGCAUGCUGCACCAUCGGCGGCCGGAUAUGAGGCCGCCCCUUUCACUGCACAAUCGACGCUUCCCGUCGAUCCGGGGUCGUGGGGACAUUCGCAGCCGUAUCUCCAGCAGUGGCAUAGGCACGAAGCGUCCAAUGGACAAUUUGUCCAGAAAGACGCUUAUCAAGAAGGCACUGCAGGCCGCCAAAGACCUGGAUGACGAUGGUCUGUCUGAUAACGAGGAUGACGACGACGAAGAAGAGGAGGAUGCUGUGGAAGAGGAAGAAGACGAAGAGGAUGAGCCAACUCCCAAGAAGCCGAAAAAGGCUUCGUUGCCGAGAUCGGUAAAGGAGGAGGAAGAUAAAUCGGACCAGAAUCAUGAUGACGAUGUUCCAGAUACUUCCGCGAAGAAAAAGGAAAUCAGAAAAGAGGAAAAAGAGACCGACUCCCCAGGAACUGCGGGCGGCGAUGAAGACGACUCCAAGAAGCAAGCUGUCGCAAAAGUGGCGGUUAAGAAAAAGAUCUCUACAGGAAGUGAGAAAUCUUCUGACGAUCGCAAGUCGCUGGUGGACGAUGAUGGUGAAAAGCGACCAUCGACGAAGAUCACCACCAAAUAUCGAUCGUCGUCAUUCAUUAAGCUGACCUGCACUCACUGCAACAUGAAGUGUGUAACGUUUAAGGAGUAUCAAGCCCACCUCUACGGACGGCAGCACAAGCUGAAAAUGCGUCAGCUUUCGCAAAAGUGUCGAGAGCGGCUUCUGGAAAUGCGUGCAGCCCAGCGCAACGCGCAAAAGGAUGUGGACGAGAAGUCGGAAGACGGUGCGGACGGAGAGGACGGUAAAUCGCAGCGUGCCGCAUUCUGUAUGCUGUGCCGCUUAAACUACCGCCAGCCACGGGUCACCCAUCAGCAGUCCGAGGGUCACAAGGAAAUGAAAAAGUUUCUGAUGCCGUACUGCAGCGUGUGCAAGAUCGGAUUCAAGAGCCCGAUGGCGUACGAAAUGCACCGUGCCUCGCUCGACCACCUCAAGAUAAAGGCCCGCGUCGAGCGGUACGCUUCGACGACGAAGGAAGAUUCCGGGGACGAGACACCGGUCGACUUGGGUGAGCUAGUCGAUUUGGAGAAUCUGACCACGGUAGACGAGGUUGGCAAGGUGGACGAACUAUGUGACGGUGGAACAAAAGAAGAUGGCGGUAGCUCGACAAGCAAGAAACGGCGUGACUUCGAUACACUGCUCGGACGGGCCGGUACGGAUGAGGAAGACGAAGACGAUGACGACGAAGAUGAUGAUGAUGAGCUGCAGAUGAUUAUUGGCGAAGAGCACGUCAAAAAGGUGGAAGUGCAAUACUGCGAGCUGUGCAACAUCUAUCUCCCGCGCCGUAUAGAAAGCCAGGACAAAGCACUGCGCGAUCACUGCAAGAAGCGAUCUCAUCUGAAGCUCUACAUUCGCUUUCGGAACGACAAAAAGCUCCGAGAGCAAGCGGAACGUAUUCACAAGAAGAAGCUGAAGGGCGACAAGGAAGCGGCCAGCGCCAAAAAAGAUGACGAGAAAAAGAGUGCCGAUGUGAACUCGGACAGCGCGAAGGCAACAACAUCCUCCACCGGAACCCUCGCUAGUGCGGGCACGGAAAAGAAGCCCGCCGCCACAGACACACUGGCCAAGGACACUUCAACGGCGUCGGGCAGUGCGGCCACCACCACAGUAUCUAACACUUCAAAUGCCACCGUGGUCGAAGGCAAGAACGCAGGCGGAAAGCCGUCCACUAACGACACGGCUGGGAUUCUCAACGUCGAGUCCAGUCUCUUGCCAGAAGAUGCAAACGACGAUCAGCUGUGGCAAGUAGUCGAUAACGACGAACUGGGCGAUUUGCUGCGCGGCGUGAGUGAAGUGGAUGAAGAGGAUGACGAGAAGGAGGCAAUGCUUGAUCGGUACGAUAAGUUCCGACACACCGAAAAGAACGGUCUGGAGAAGGACGAUGGCGGAAACGCGGGUGACAGCAAGGCGGGCGUAAAAAGUGCGGCCAGUGCCACAAACGGAGGAGCAGUCGCUGGUGGUGAUGCAGCAAACGGCGAUCCCAUCAAGGAGUCGAUUAAGGUUGAGGUUUAAAUUUUACAUAAGCUAACCGGGAUUGGCACGAGCCAGCAGUUUGGUCAUGCGUAUGUAUCACCAAAACAUAGCUCCAACUAUUAAGAAUGCAGGGGAACCCAAAAGACCUUAUUGCACGCAAUUCCUGUCAGACCAUUUAUCGUUUUACAUCACCGACCACACAGUUUGGGAGGAAACUGAACGUCGGUUUACACCGGAGUUCUCCGAGUCGUCGUCAUCUGAACGUGCGGCACUCAUCGUGGCGCACAUUCCGGCGUGCGACGUGCGUAUUUGGGAAUGAUUUCUAACGCUACCUUGCGUUGAUUUUGUUUGUCUGAAUCUAACCAAGAGUAGGAAAUAGAAGCAAGUUCAGCAUAAUAAUCCAACUAAAUGUACGUAAUAAUUACGGUAAGAA